UCGGCAUUUCAGUGGUCGCGGCGAUCGGUAUCCGCGAAUGAUUCCAAACGAAAAGCGCAGCAAAAAGCAAAACCUGUGAAAGAUUCCAGCUCCAACCCAACUAGUAAAAAAAAACUUGUAAGCGCGACUUCUCUCAUUCUUUCUCCAGUCGUGGCCAUUCAGACUGCGGUUUUCUUGCGGUGAUUUUACUCGUCGUUUGUCCAUAGCAAUCCAUUCGUAGUUGGAUCUUCGCCGUGAUCGGUCCGGUUGUUGGAAUCGUUUUUGGAAGUGGCAAGGCAAUUCAAGUGUGUCCGUUGUCGAGUGUGUUUUCUCUUUCGUUUUGUCCGUGAACAACCGCAGAAAAAAGAAACAACCAAACGGUACCAGUUUUGGGGGUAAACGGCUUACCGAUUCUUAUUUGUAAGUUUAGUGUCCAGUGAAAAGUGUUCAAAGUCCAACAAUCUUCCCCAUAAGAUUGUCUUAUCUGAAUUCCGUGAAGCCCGCAUGGAGCUGAUGCUGCAGCAUUGAAGAAAAACGAAUCGUUAUAUUUGCAGUUCGAGUUCUUAAUCAACCGUGAAAAGUGCAGUGAUGGGUGUUCUAAAAAGUAGUGACGUCGUGAAGACGGCUGAAGUGGCAGCAGCAGCCGGGAGUGCUGGAUCAGCAACUGCGGCAGCAACGGCCACAGUCACGAGCAGCAGCGGUUUGAGUAAAUCUGAAACUGCCCGGAAGAAUAUGGAUUUCAUCGCCAAGAAUCUACUUGCCGGAGGUAUCGCCGGUAUGUGUUCCAAAACGGCAGUCGCCCCUCUGGACCGAAUAAAGAUCCUGCUACAGGCCCACUCCAUUCACUACAAACACUUGGGCGUGUUUAGCGGCCUCAAACACAUCGUUAAAAAGGAAUCCUUCCUAGCUCUCUAUAAGGGCAAUGGCGCCCAGAUGGUUCGGAUAUUCCCGUACGCGGCCACCCAAUUCACCGCAUUCGAAAUUUAUAAAAAGUAUUUGGGGAAGAUUUUACCGUCAAAAAUACCGAUAAAGCACGCGGAUAAAUUCGUUGCCGGAGCUGGAGCUGGAGUGACGGCCGUUACCUUGACCUAUCCCCUGGACACGAUCCGUGCCCGAUUGGCCUUCCAGGUUACCGGAGAACACAGGUACAACGGAAUCGUCCACACGGCAGUGACCAUCUUCAAGACGGAAGGUGGAUUCCGUGCACUGUAUCGAGGAUUCGUACCCACGCUGAUGGGUAUGGUUCCGUAUGCAGGAUUUUCGUUCUACUGCUUCGAGAUGCUCAAAUUUGUGUGCAUGAAGUACGCCCCUGGAGUGACCUGUGAUCGAUUGGAAAGAAACACUGGUGGUCUGGUCCUGUCCGUCCCUGCCAAGUUGCUGUGCGGAGGUUUUGCCGGUGCCGUGGCCCAAUCCUUCUCCUAUCCGCUGGAUGUGACCCGACGGCGGAUGCAGCUCGCCAUGAUGAACCCAGAAACGGCCAAAUUUGGCAUGGGAAUGUUCCGAACGCUGGCCAUCAUCUACAACGAGAACGGCAUCAUCAAGGGCCUGUACCGGGGCAUGUCCAUCAACUACCUGCGAGCGAUUCCGAUGGUGGCCGUCUCCUUCAGCACCUAUGAACUGAUGAAGCAGACCCUCAAUCUGGACACCGGCAUGAAAAUAUAAGACGGCACACAAUUAAUCACACUAAGAUGCUUCCGUAGGACGAUUAGUUUUUUUCUAAGAUAAGCUUAAAAUCAGCACAGAUGCGCGAUAUUUUUCUACACCUAAGACAUAAGGUAGAGUAGAUAGUUAGUGAAAGAUGAGGAUAUGAAUGUUGAGACGAUUGUCUUUGAUACUGUUUUAAACUGUUAGGGAGUUUAUGUUUUUGGAGUCAGGAUAAGAUUGUAUUUCGAUCGAGAUACAAUGCAAGAACUGUUUUAGCCUUUUCUUUCUUGACUACUUGUUUGUUUUAAAGGUAUAUUAGCUCGAAUUGUUAGAAUAUUUUACUCUUUAGACAACUUUUGCAUUUUUCCACAAGAAGCUCAACUAUCGAUAGCUGUAAUAGCAUCAGCAACAUUUAGCAGCUCUGUCACCACAAAACAUGCCAGUGUAUUUAUUAAAUCGUUUAGAAUGAAUCAUUGUUGGUUUUUUCUUUCUUUUUUUAAGUAGUAAAUUUUAGUAUUACUUCUCCCUUUCUCUUCAAUUUUUACAAAAGGUGUAGGCAAUCGGUUCGGUAUGUGUAGUGAAACGUAGUACUUAAAAAAUGUUUUAGUUUGUUCCAAAACCACUAGCCAGUAGUAGAAUUAUUAGAGUUCUUGUGUUAUAGAGCUGGUAGAAGCACAAAGCCAACCCAAAAACAAAUCAAAAACGAACUCUUCAGCCUUUAUCGUAAUCGAAAAAUGUAAGGAUAAAGUUGCCGACUAGAAGAUGUUUCCAGAAAGGGCACAUUUAGUCCGAUUCUGAAGCCAAGAACCACAUACAGGGCUCCAUGAAACCUGAAAACGCUAUCCGUGACAUUUAAUUUUUCUUUCAGUAGUAAUAAUCGAAGAUACAGUUACUGAUGCAAAGACAAUUCGAAGGGUGAUGUUCUCUGUUUUGUUUUGUUCUGUAAAUAGACGCCUUAAAACUUCACCAUUUAUCAUGAUAAAAAUAAUACACAUUUGUUCUAUUUUUUGAUACAAUAUAUGUACGUAGUUUAUUCCGUCCGAAAUAAGUUUGUCCUCACCAUUUUCUCCAGUCAUUUUCUACCCCGAUUUGCUUAUCUAAAGUUCAAUCCAUAGCAGUUGAUUUGCGUUUUUCUUAUGAACAAAAUAUUCAACACACACUUGAUUCGCUAUGUGAAUAACUACAUAUAUGUUAAAGAUUCUUACAGCUUCUUUCGUUUCUCAGUUUAGAGAACGAUCCAUAGAAAUAAAUCAAUAGUACAAUCUUAACACUUGGGUUUUGUUUUUAAUUU